CUCGCAUUCGGCAAUUUUAUUAAUUAUUAAUAUUCUUCAAGCCUCCCUCCUUUCACUUUUUUCAAUGCUUGCAACUUAUCAAUUGCAUGGAACUCAAGGUUCUAUUUUUACAAUUCCUUUGCAGCCCCUUUUAUCUUUUCUAUUUUCUUGUUUGGGUUUUUUGCUCUUUUUCAUUUGAAUUAAUAUUUGGUAUUUGAUAUACUUUUCACACAUUUUUUGUUUAUUCUUUUCUUCACAAUUAAUUUUUCCCUUUAAGUUACUGUUGUCAGACAAUAUUUGGAUAACACAACAUGAGGUAUUUGCUGCGCUCAUUAAUUCAAGCACUACUGGCAGUCAUGCUGGCCUUGGCGGUUCUUGGAUAUCCCAUUGGAGCCACAGAAGAAAACCCGAGCAGUGAUAGUGCAGAGGUCAGCCAGGCGAUGGACCGAAUAUUCACGACUCUUGUGCAGCGUACCUUUGGGCCACGGAGCCUAGACCAUGCCGAGAUAUACUACAAAACCCGGUUCUUCACCUCCCACAUGCAAGCGCGCAUGCGGUAUAUUUCAUCACAACAGGACUUAGUCAUCAACAACGACGAGGACGUAAUUAGCAGCAGCAGCAAGGCUGACACGGAUGUUGCUGGCAAUGACAGUGAUGACAAAGAAUUGAUGCUGAGCAAGAGCGAGGCCGAGCAGCUGAACUCCAUAAUGCAGGAAAUGUGGCUGGCAUCGCGCAAGCUGUACCAGAGCUCGGGAUGCUUAAGCUACGAUUUGACCCUGUGUAAUGGACAGUCGUCAACGAAGGGUGCAAAAUUUUCGGAUACGGAGCGGCUGGCUAUGGCUGAAUGGGAGAAGCGGCUUUCGACACCAUUUGUCGCUGGAAAGAGGCUGCCCAAGACUGAGGCUGAGGAGAUUCGCAGAUUGAUGGCGAAUAUCCACGCCGUGCUGCUGGAGAAUUCAGCGACGACAGUGUGACAAAACAAAAACAAGUGAAAAAUGGAAGGCAAUGACGGUCUAGAUCUGCAUGAACAAAAAGCGAUGUAAAUUUUGGGGAGUCAAAAAAAGCGAGGGGAUAUGCAGAAUUUUCAGAUCUUUCAAAAGGUCGCGUUUGUUUGGCUCAAGCUUGAACUGCUUUCGUUUUUGUUUCGCGUUUUUCUUUUCUUUUCAGG